GCCGAUAUAUCGCAUCACGAUGAAGCUCUCUCCGUUUCUCUUUAGUCUUUUCGCACCAGCUGCGCUUGCUUUCUCAACCUGCUUGAACGAGGACUAUGACCAUGAUCCCGUUAACAUCACCAACUCCCAGGCAGUAACUGCCGCUAAGCAAUUGCAUACAAGGGAAACAGCCCAGAUCUAUGCAUACGUCCAUGUCCUCGUUUCCGAGGCUCCCAAAGUAGACUAUGGCCCAGGUAUCAACAACCAAUUCGCCUACCUCAACAGACAGUUCAAUAAAUGGGGAUACAACAUCAACCUGAGGAAGGUUACCUUUGUGAUCCACAAGGAGUGGGCAUCAGAGAUCAAUGUCGACAAAGAGAACAAGAUGAGAUAUCUCCACCGCGGAGAUUACCAGACUUUGAACAUCUACAUGGUUGAGAAGGCCGCUGGCGGAGUAUGCUCGCUCCCCCAGAACGACCAUAUCCCCGUUGAGCAACAAAAGCUCGACUUCGACGGAUGCUUCGUCUCUCUUGCAGUCGGAACUUCGUCCACCAGUGCUACCCUUACCCAUGAAAUCGGCCACUGGCUGGGUCUUCUUCACGUCUUCCAGGGUGGAUGCGAGGGCUCUGGAGACGUCUGCAACGAUACUGCUCCCCAGAAUGGACCUGCGAGCGCCCACCCUGCCACUCCUGGUAACUUGAACACCUGCCCAGCAAAGGAGACGUGCGGUGCUGGGAAGGGACUGCAAAAUGUCAAGAACUUUAUGGAUUACUCCGAUUGCGCUCAGGAGUUUACAGCUUGCCAGGGAGGCCGUAUGCACAUUGCCUGGUACUCCCUUCGCCUGAACCGCCAACUUGCUGCCGGUGUUAAGGUUACGUGGUAAUAAGCUUUCUCCGUAGAUACAGGCGGAUGUAGAAGCUUUGGAUCCGGCAAUCUUAUGCAAUGUUCUCGUCUUAAUUUCCCCCGGUGUACAAACUAGGAUGGCGGAUUACUGUGGCGCUGCGCCUGACUGAAGAAAU